AUGGAGUCCUGGUGGCUGGGGCCGUGGAAUAUCCUGGUCGCGGUGCUUGGGAUGAUCUGGGAUGUCGCGCAGUUCUGGCAAGAUAAACUACGCUCCUGGUGGCGGUCCAAGUCUCCCCGGGAUCGGCUCUUUCACACGCUCGAGACCGCACAGACCUACGUGGAGUGGGAGGAGGCCGCGUUCGAGCUCGACGAGCUCCUGAGUAAAGACUUAUGGCGCCAAAACCCUGUCAGCCGACACUAUGAUUAUCGGCUCAUUCUCGGGCGGCUGGAGGCGCUGAUGAGCGCGCGCGAACACGAGGACAUUCUGACGCUUGUGAAUCUGCUUCGCUCGGGACUCGUCCGUAACCUGGGCAACAUUACCUCCACCAAACUCUUUACGCAUGCCUAUGCUGGGACGAAGCUUUUGAUCGAUGACUACAUCACCCAGGUCGCGCUGUCUAUCCAGCAUGUGACUGCGCUGCAGCCGGAUCCCGUGCACGCGAGCGGGUUCACGUCGCAGGCCAAACUUGAGCUACUACACGAUACCCGCCAGGCCUUUGGGCGAACGACGCUGCUCUUGCAGGGCGGGUCGGCCUUUGGCUGGUGCCAUUGGGGCGUCGUGAAAGCACUGCAUCUCCAAGGGCUGCUCCCGCGUAUUAUCACGGGCACCGCGACCGGGGCUAUGAUUGCAGCGCUAGUGGGCAUUCAUCCAGAAGAUGAGCUGCUGGUGUUACUCGAUAGUGACGGCAUUGACCUCUCCGCAAUUGAUCGUCGGCACAAAAGCCUUGCAGAUGACGGCACAGAGAGCUGGAUUCGGACGUUUUUCCAGCGUAUGAAGCGGCUUUUCCAGAAGGGACAUCUCUUCGACGUGGAAGUGCUGGAGGAGUGUGUGCGCGCCAAUGUCGGCGACCUGACAUUCGAAGAGGCGUAUGCCCGGUCGAAACGUAUCUUGAACAUCACGGUUGCGACGACCGGGAGAAACGGCACCCCGAAUCUUCUGAAUUACCUGACUGCUCCGAACGUGUUGAUCUGGUCCGCGGCCGUGGCCUCAAAUGCCACAUCUGCUGCCGUGUCUACCCCAGUGACGAUCUACUGCAAAGACGAGACAGGAUCAAUUAUCCCAUGGCCGCACAUGCAAGAUGUCAUCUUCCAACCGUGGCAGCAAGUCCGCUACAUUGAAGGCGAAUCACCACUAGCCCGAAUCGCCGAGCUAUUCAACGUCAACCACUUCAUCGUAUCUCAAGCACGGCCGUACCUAGUUCCCUUUCUACGAUCCGAGCUCAAUAUGCUGGAACGCCGCCAGGCCGGAUGUAACAACCUGUCGCGGCCUGCGAUGCGACUGAUCCUCGUCGAGCUACGGCACCGACUCCGUCAACUCGACUUCCUUGGCCUCCUCCCCGCACCUCUCAGCCGACUCCUGAUCGACGAAACCAUCCCCGGCCCAAACCUGACUCUCGUGCCGGACUUGUCGCUCCGCGAUCUAGGAAGGCUCUUCCAGGUGCCGACGCGCGAGCGCGUGGCCGAGUGGACCCUGAAGGGCGAGCGCGGCGUCUGGCCAGCGAUCAGCGCACUGAAAGUCCGCGAAGCUGUCGAGAUCGAGCUGGAUCGCGGAUAUCAACUUGUGCGUCGUCGUCGACCUAGCGAUCCCGCGCCUGUGGUUCCGGCACGUCGCUCGCCGAACGAGGGCGUGGCGAGGCGACGUCGCGGGGGUACUGGGCACAGUGAGCAUGAUGAAGAAUGA